CCCGACAGUCGUCAUCGGCCUCCGACUUACCGAUGGCCGACCAGUCGAGGAUCUAUAAAAACAGUAUCAACAGCUCAAAGAAUGUCCUCUGCUACUACCAUCGUCUUCGGACCUACUGGCCACGUCGGCUCUGCCGCUGCCAUUACCGCAGCACAACUCGGCGCAAAGGUGGUGCUCGCUUUACGUGACACCCAAAAGCCCAUCCCAGGUCUGACAGCAGACCAAGAAAAGUCAGGAUCCUACGAAAGGAUCCAAGCCGACCUCAACAAACCCGAAACAAUCGAAGCAGCCGUUCGCACAACCGGAGCCAAAAGUGCAUUUUUAUACCUUGCCUACGGUACUCCCGACCACAUGCGAGGUACUAUCGAAGCACUCAAGGCCUCUGGUAUUGAAUUUGUGGUGUUUUUGAGCAGUUUCGCCGUUGAUGGAGAUCUCAGAAGUAUUGAGCCGAGUAACAUCGUCGCAUAUUUGCAUGGACAGGUUGAGAUUAACCUGGAAGAGGUUUUCGGUGCGGAUGGUUACGUCGCUGUUCGACCAGCAUUCUUCAAUACCAAUGUGAAGUGGUGGGCGGGUAUGAUUCGUGAGGGAGAAGUCAAAAUUGCGCAUCCGAAUAGCGCUUUUGAUUGGAUUUCCCCGGGAGAUAUCGGCCGUGUUGCUGGAACGCUACUUGUCCAGGGAUUCCAGGCAACAUCUGGGGCGAAAGAACGAAACUUUAUCACUCUUUGCGGACCGAAGUUGGUGUCGCAAGGGGAUGCUAUGGGUAUCUUUGGCAAGGCGAUCGGUAAAGAUGUCAAAGUGACGGAGGUGAAUGAGGAAGAGGGCGUCAAGAUUCUGAUCGAGAAUGGUGUACCUGAGUUUGUGGCGGAGCCUUUGGUCAAGUCCGUGGCUGCUGCAAAGAGCGGCUCUAAUCAGUAUGCCGGGGGAAGGUAUACGGAGGGAUCUUUGAAUUUGAAGAAGUAUGCCGGGCAGGUCACCUCUUUGGACGAGUGGGCUGUGGCUAACAAGGAAGUAUUGGGUGUGUAAGGAGCGUGGCAUUGUUUGUACCGUCUCAUCUUAAUCUCGGAUUUUUUCUCGAUCCAAACGCAGUCAAGUCGAAUAUAGGUAAUCAGGGUGGCCAGAUCCAUUCCUAGCGUCUAUUAUUCUGCUACAAUACUAGGAUCGCAAAUAUAGAG